AGGAGAACUGAAAAUUAUUUCAAAUGAACAGAUUAAUCUUAUUUACUUUAGCUACAUGUUUGCUUUUAGCCUCAAAGACCUUCUGCCGUGAUGAAUCGGUGAUGAGCAGCUUGCAGAGCAGAGAAGAAUACAGUGAUGAUAACUAUUCUGAGUCUAGUGAAGACAUUAUAGAAGAAAAUCAGAGAAGCCUGAACCUUGAAGAACUGGAGGAUUGGGGGCUAAAGAACAUCAUUAAGAUGAGGACGCCCACCACAAAGAAGGUGCCCAACUCAGCUGUGAAUUUGCCCCUGAGGUUUGGCAGAAACUUUCAGGAAGAGAGAAGCAUCAAGCCUGCAGCAAACCUGCCUCUCCGGUUUGGAAGGGCGUCUGCCAGAAGCCUUGCUCGGCACACCCUUCCUUUGUCACAAAGAUCUGAGAGAGCUCCUUCGGUUCAAAGUUCCUUCCAUUCUCCCGCCAACUUGCCACAAAGAUUUGGGACGUCGCUUCUCUUCAGUCUGCCCCAAGUGGCCAAAGACCCUGACCAAGGCAAUAACAAAUUUGGCCAUUUACACAAUAAUAUGAAAAGGGAAUCUGAUGAUGAAGAGGCAAGACUUUGGAAGGCUCUGGGUGAAUUUCCAUUCUAAAAGGCGAUACAACGAAAGAGAAAGAAAUGGGGCAUUUUUUUAAAAAAGCCACCAGUCUUCAAAUCAUGAUUUCCAUCAGGAGGCAUUUGUAGACUGGUGAUGGUGGCUGUUGUACUAGUUUGUUUCCAUAGCUGUGCUGCAGGUUUCAAUCUCUCUUUUACUCUGUACCAUUGGUGUCAAUUGUAAAUAGCAUAUAGUAGU